AAUUGUUGUGAUAAACUUAUUAAAUAGAUAAGUUUCCAUGCUAUAAAUGGUGCCUAUGUCUAAACAUAGGCAGUCAGUAUCUGGAGCUGCUCUCGAUUCGGAGUCAGAAGUUUUCAAGAGGGCACUAGAGCAGGUGAAGAGUGUUCUGCAGACGGAGGAGGAUCUGAACAAUCUGAGAGAGAAGAAGAAGACUCAGUUGAGUAGGAAGGCCAAUGUGGACACCCGACUAAGGACGGCCAUCAAGAGCCAGUUAGAUGGGAUCAAGACAGGCCUCACACAAUUGGACGCUGCUGUCAAUGACAUCCAAAAAGUGCGAGAGCACAUGAGCGAAGUGAGUGCAGCGUAUAAACAUCUGAACAGCAUGAAUGUGAUGUUGCCCAAUCUAGUUGACACAGCGGCCGAACACAGUCAGCUGCUGGCUGCGAAAGAGAACUUCGCCUACAUUGUGCAGGUGCCGGAGAAGGUGGCAAACAUUGCAGAGUUCAUAGAGCAGGGCAAACUCAUCUACGCUCACAGCUACCUCGCUGGACUAGAGAACUGUCGAGAUGAUCUUCUAGUUGAGUUGUUUCGCCAGAGCAAAUCUGCCCCAGACUACGAUCACAACGUCCAAAUCAUCAGACACUUCUUCUCAGACGUCGAGAAACUCUUUUUCAAACUACACCGCAAAAUAAUGGAAGACUACCUACCCAGAUUCCUGGAAUUAGCGAACACAAAUCCAGCUGAAUUGACGAAUAUUGCCAGAAUAAUAUGGCGAGAAGAAGCGAAGAACAAAUUAUGCAGAGAAGUGAAGGAGAAAGAAGGAAUCGACAGUCCCGAUCGACUCAACGGGAACCGCGAGUGGCGCGAUGAUUGCCUGAAACGCUUCGACGAAAUAAUUUCUCAAAGAAUUGAAAAGUAUUUCUCGGAAUUGAUGAAGUUCUUGGAGCGAGGAGAGUUCUAUAACAAGACGGAUGUCUUUGGAAUCGAAGUCCAGAAAAUUAAAUUACAGGUUGUGCAAGAUUUGAAGACGAUCAAGUUCCAUGUUGUGAAAUGUUUCCCGCCUGAUUUUGCCAAAGAGGUUUGGAAUUACCCGGAUUUGUAUGAUUUCUUUGUAAAUCUGAUUCAUCGGAAAAUGAAAGAGUGGACUUUCAAAGUUUGCCACGAAGUAAGUGAGCCGAAGUUUAAUGAGCAAGAAAGGUUUGCGCAGAAAACUUUGAUUCUUCAAAUGCUUUACUUUGUGCGUUUUCAAUAUAUGGGAACUGAAUUCAUGGGCUUGCCGGAACUUGAAAUUGAUGUUUCGAAGGUGUCAGAUAUUUUGGACCAGGGCGAAAUUGACACUAUGGAAACUCAGUUCCAGGAAAUCACGGAGGAGUCGUUAAUGAAGUACUCCGAGAACUGUCUGGAAACUGAAGUCAGAACUUGGAGGAAUCCUAAACAGGACAAUUCCGGAAAUUAUAUAAUGCCGAAAGUGGUCGGUGGGUUGAGAUAUACACAGUUACAUAUCGAUUUGUUCCAAGCUAUCAACACGACAUUUGAGUCGGUCGCUUUUGAUAAGAAGAUUCCGGCUAAUAUAACAUACAACGUGGGCAUCAGUGCUUUGGAGUAUUACAACUCGUUUGGAGAUAAUUACGAAGCAGAACUGAGAAGGUUCUACGAAGACUGGAAAAAUGCGAGGGAGUUUUCGGACAGCGACAAGACUGCCUACUUUCUCGCAGUCAUGGUGGCCAACAUCAACUGCUGCGCCUCAAUUGCUGAGAACAACGUGGAAAAACUGUCCAAGAAGUUCCUCACGUCUGGAGACUGGAUGGACGACCAGAAAGAGAGAAUCCAGAAUCUGACCCAGAAGGUCAAGCGUAGAUUCAUCAUGAUUGCUGCAGUGUGUGCCAAGGAGUUGGUCUAUGGUAACUUCAGUUUCUGGACCAAGGAAGCAUAUCUGGACAAUCUGAUGAGCAGAGACGUGUGGUUGGUGGAUGAGGCGGAACCCCUCUGCGAGUCCAUCUCGAUGACGGUGACUGACUUCCUAGAGAAUGAUCUGAACACUCUCCAACCUGCUUAUGCGGAGUUGUUUGUGAACACGUGUCAAACCGAGAUCGCAGUCGCAUAUCUGAAGAAACUGAUGGUGAAACGAACUUUUGGAGGAGCCCUGUCGGCGGCUAAUUUUGAGGACAGACAGAAGAUAGCAUAUAAGAUGAAGAAGGAAGCAGAUACACUGCACAAGUACUUUAUAGACAAAUUGGAGACACUCAAAGGCUGUGCCAUAUCACACUCGGAGGGACCACUGCAGGCUGUAGUGAGCACUGCUGACAUCUACCUGACAAACAAAGACAUGAUGAUCGUUAUAUUGGGGGCACUAUGCAAGAACUAUCCCGAUGCUACUCCAACUCAACUGGAACGUCUCAUCGGGUUCCACGAGGAGUUCCGGGGAGAAGCCGGACGAAACGGAGUCAAAUCUGCGUUUGCCUCGGUGCCGAAAGGACAAGCCAGUCGGUCAACCGUUUUUAGCCACCCAGAAUUGAGGGUCUAAUCUAAUCCUGGCUUUAUGCAAUGAAUCCUGGACGACCCCUGAUAAGACUACGAGAGAUCUACGGAACCCCUUAUUUAUAUCAUUUAUUUUGAGUAAAAAUAUGAUUUUGAUCAAAAAUUGUCUAUUUAGUUGUAAAAAUUUGUAAAUUUUUGAAUAAUUUUUUCAAACCCCAAUUGCUUUGCGGCCGUAAUGACUCAUGUUUUGUUUAUUCUCAAGGUCUUUAAAUGAGAGUUUGACACAAUUUUGUUAUGUCAGCUGAAGCAGUAUGGAUAUUCAAAUUCAGUACACAUUCGAGAUAAUGCAGUUUGAUGUAUUGUUGGUGGUCUGAUUUUAGCUUUACAGAGAUCUCGAA